CUCAGACAAAAAUUGACAAACCGGGUUAAACAUAAGCUAAAAAUAGGCGACGGCCACUUAAUCACCGCCGUUUAUUCCUUGGAGUAGAUAUUUUCCGUUGUGGGCGAUAUUAAAGUUGGAGAAAACAAGAAAUGGCUCACCACUCCGACGAUUUAGACCUACUUCUUGACACCGCUUUGGAUGAUUUUCAGAGCCUUAAUCUCGCAUCUUCUGCUCAAAGAUGUGUAGAUGAUAAUGGUAAUAAUGGAGGGAACAAGGUAGAGGGUUGUACAUUGACUAGUGGGAAUGUUCAAGGGUUAGGAAUGGGGUUACCUGAUUUGAAGACCAAGAAAAAGGGUAAACAAAAGGUACCACCACCGCCGACGAAGCAAGAAUCACACAUCACGGAUGCACUUGAUCAGUUGAGGGAGCAAACUAGGGAGGCGGUGAAAGGCUUGGAAUCGGUGUCUGGGCCUCGACCCCCGGUGGCUGGAGAUGGCUUCGGUGCAGACCCAAUGAUGGAGGAUUGGGUCAAGCAGUUUGAGGAGCUUGCAGGCACACAGGAUAUGGAGUCAAUUGUAGAAACCAUGAUGCAACAGCUCCUAUCCAAGGAAAUCCUUUACGAACCUAUGAAAGAAAUAGGUGAACGCUACCCAACAUGGUUGGAAAAGAAUAUAUCUGAACUGACACAUGAAGAGUACACCCGAUAUUCGAAUCAAUACAAGUUUAUUAAAGAUCUGAAUCAAGUGUAUGAAGCCGAGCCUGAAAACUUCAACAAGAUUGUUGAGCUUAUGCAGAAAAUGCAAGAGCUUGCCCCAGACUUUGAUCUAUCGAAUCUCGGACAAUUGUCUCCAGAGAUGUUCGAGUCUCAACAGAAUUGUCGCAUCAUGUGAGAGAAGAUGCAAGUGUUGAGAAGUUGCAAGUUAUGAAAUAUAGGCAUGCCCUCACAUUAAUGUCUUCUACUGCUCAACCAAGAGUGACCGCACUUUAUUUAUUCUGUCUCAGUUAGGAUACUACAACCACUUGCCCAGCUCACGGGCAUCAGUAACACAAACUCCUUUUAAUGCGUGGCGACAUCACCAACCCGAGAUCUAUGUUACCAUGCACUAUACACUUAGUAAUUGUGCGAGUGGGAUAAAUGUUUUUGACCAAAAGUUGCCUGAUCGGGCAGUCGCAACGACACUGCAAACUUAGAGCAAUCUAAUUGCCUUGGACUGCCAAAUCGCAUCGAGUCACCUAACUCUCAUUUAUACUCGAGCUCAAAAUGAAAAGUUUCUUCGAACUACCGUCAUCACUCGUGCCGAGUGGAAUUUGUGUCAAAACUCACUCGACCGCCGAAGUGAGGUUCUUUGUAUCAUUAGGACUCGGCUUGAUCGGGCCAAGUGGAGCUUGGAUACACAAACUUGGCUGAGUGAGAUCUUCUGAAUUGGUGAACUUCGGCUAGAAUAGGGCCGAGUGGGUUUAGAAGCCAAAUACCACUUGACCGAGUGAGAUUCUCUUGAUCUAACCCGAUGUCCAUUCUUUUGUCCUGUUUGCCCGUUGGCACCUACUAUCUCACACAUUCUCUAUAAACUCGUCAAAUUCAUGAAUUGCAUAAUUGGUUGAGAA